CUGGAGUUGUGAGAGGCAGGGUAACAGCUGUUGCUUCGCCAAAGUUGACCGAUCGCCGAUUCGCCGCCCUGAGGAUAGCAGAGGAAGAGAUUCCAAGCUCCGAGAUCCACUCGAUUCGUGCACUACACGCAAUUUGUGCCCGCAAUUCGCGCUAGAUCCUUCACUAGUAGGUCAGGAGCGACGAGUCAUUGAGAACCUUUCAGUCGGCACGCUUGAUGGCGGAUCUUAAUUCCGAGCACCGGCUUCAACGGCAGCGCGCGCGGGAUGAGCAGAGCGUCGAAAAUGCCACGUCAUCUGGUGGUAUGACGUGGCGGUCGUCAUCCCCACCCUCCUCGUCCUCCUGGUGGCAGAAUUUCGUGACAGCAGCUGUCCACGUCAAGAUUCCCUCCACCGCUGACGUGGCAGGCCUAGCUGGCGGCAUCGCCGUUUCCACGCCUCCUACGGCUGCAACCACCAGCACCAGCGCGAGCGGCAUUCACGGCGCCAGUAGCGGCGGCGGCGGCGGCGGCGGCAGCAGCGUUCCGUCGAGAGUAAUUUACCCUUUCGAGUCCGUGAGCCUUGGAAAUACCGAUUCCGACCCGCUCCUGUCAGGGAUCCACCCAAUCCGCGAGGCUGACGAGACAGGGGGCGCAGGAAAGGCAGGAGGUGGACGAGGACUCUGGAGAGGGAGAGAUGGAGAAACAGGGAGAAAAAGGGAGGGAUGGAGAGGCCCACGAUGACGCCCAAGGUGAGGCCCAAGAUGACGCCCAAGGUGA